AUGGCAUCGCUUCAAAUCCACCCCCCUUUUCUAUGGACCGCAGGCACAAUAUGGCCCCCCAUCUGUCUCGCGAUUGUCGCCGCGCGGUUUGUGAUGAGGAAAAGCCAGCGAAUGCGGUAUGGGCUUGAUGACUGGUUGACGCUCCCGGCACUGAUCCUGAUUCUCGGUAUGGCAGCGACUAUCCUGGCAGGAGUGGCCCAGCAUGCUCUAGGCUACCCAACGCCAAAGCCCGAACCAGGGACGGAGCUGACGGCGACCAGUCCUCAACAAACAGUGACGAGAAAGGCAUACAUGGCCAUCACCCUUAUGCAGACCGCCGCUCUCACAUUCAUCAAACUAAGCUGUAUGCUCUUCUACCAACGCAUCUUCCGCACCGCAUCACACAUCGCCAAUAUCCUAAUCUACAUCAUUCUCGCACUGAUCCUGGUCUGGGGCUUGGGGUUUUUCUUCAGCUUCCUUUUUGCCUGCAACACGCAUUUCGACUACUUUUGGACCAACCUCGAGAACCAGUUGAAAUGUCCCGCCGAUCUAAGCAAGAUUGAUCUGUCGUUAUCGGUUUCGGAUGUUGUGAUGGAUGUGAUUCUAUUGGCAUUUCCAAUUCCAUGGAUUAUGAGAAUGCAGAUAUCGUGGGGCAAUAAGCUUCUAGUUUUAGGCAUUUUUACCCUUGGUGGUCUCGCUGUCGCAGCGUCCAUCACACGUCUGGUGAUUAUCGGGGAAGAAUUGAAUGUUGAAUUUGCUGCAACGGCGGAUGAGGACUUCGUCUCCACUGCCGGUCUGUACUUCAUGUACAUCGAAGCCUGCUUUGCGCUCACAGCUAUCUGUCUGCCGUCACUGUCCGGAAUUCGCAAAAACCGGGCAAUAAAAAACUUGAUCGAAGGUUUCCGAUCCGUUUUCUCUAGUAAUUCGCGCGGCUCUGGAUCGAGGAUUGCAGCAGACGGUAUAAAUUCAAGGGAGGCGCCAGAAGACAUAUCUAUUUGCUUCGAGGAGCCAUUAUCGCAGCCUACAUCUAGCGCAGAGCCCAUUUCGAUAGUAGAUGACGCCGAUUUGGAAAUGCAGCCUCUACCGAAGAAGGACCAUAAGCAUACUACGGUGACAUGCGGAACUGAGUAG